AUGCCGGGGAGCGCCGCGGCACCGGGAGGCGGCCGGGUACGGGAACGGCACCGGGAACGGCACCGGGAACGGUACCGGGACAGCGGGACACGGCACCGGGAACGGGAGACCGGGGAGAGGGGGAAGCAGGAGCCGCCCCCGCCGCGUUUCCGCCGCUGUCACCGGCGCUCCCGCCGGCACCGGGGCCGCUCCCGGCGGGGACAAAGGCGGGAGGAUGCCGGGGAGCGCCGCGGUACCGGGAGGCGGCCGGGUCCCGCAGCCCCCCGGGACAUUUCGGGGUCCCCCGAGCCCCGAGCCCCGGCACCCCACAUGAGGAGGAACCGGAGCAGCGUGGCCGGGCCGGAGCCGCAGCCCCCCCCGGCCAUGCCCGGUGCCGACCACCGCCGCGGGCGCCGCCGCCUCUCCGCCACCCUGCAGGUGCCCCCCUGGAAGCCCCCGGAGCCCCCCGACCCCCCGCGCCCCACCACGCUGCCCCUGCUCACCCCGCCCCGGCCCCCCAGGUACGGGCGGGGGCGAUCCGGGGGGUGCCAGCAAACCGGGGGGCUCGGGGUGAACGCGGGGGGAUUUGGGGGAGCUCCGGGAGGGGCCCGGGACCGGGAGGAGCCGCUGCCGGUACCGCGGAUCGCUGAGGACGGACCCCGGAACCGGCACCGGGAGGAGCUCCGGGACCUGCUCCGGUACCGGCGCCGCUCCCGGCAGCGGCUCCGGCGGUGGCCGCAGCGUUCCGGGUUCCCGGUUCCGCCCCCGGUGCCGGGGAGGAUGGAGCCGGUGCCGGGCUCCAGGAAGAGCCUGUCGCUGUCGCUGCCGGUGCCCCGGGAGGGCCCGGGCUCCCUGCGCCCCCCGCAGCACCUCUGGCGCCAGCCCCGCACCCCGAUCCGCAUCCGCCACCGCGGCUUCUCCGACACCGACCGGCACCGGCCCCGGCCCAUGGAGCGGGCGGAUGCCGUGGACACCGGGGACCGGCCCGGGCUGCGCAGCGCCCGCAUGUCCUGGCCCUCCUCCCUCCAUGGGACCCCCGGCACCGGCAAGCGCUCGGAGGUGGACAAUGGCCCCUGGGGGGGGGCGCAGAGCCCCCCGGACCCCCAGGCCAGCCCGGGCCGGGGGCUCCAGGCCGGGGCCCCCCCGGCGCAGCGCCGCGAGUCCUUCCUGUACCGCUCCGACAGCGACUUCGACUUCGCCUCCCCCAAGAGCAUCUCCCGAAACUCCUCCAUCGCCAGCGAGGCCCACGCCGAGGAUUUGAUCGUCACCCCCUUUGCUCAGGUCCUGGCCAGUCUCCGCAGUGUCCGCAGCAACUUUUCCAUCCUGACCAAAGUCACCACCCCCCCGGGCAGCAAGCGGUCGCCCCUCGGCUCCCAGCCCCCCCCCUGCAAGGCCACGCUCUCAGAGGAGACGUCCCAGCAGCUGGCGCGGGAGACGCUGGAGGAGCUGGAUUGGUGCCUGGAGCAGCUGGAGAGCCUGCAGACACACCGGGCCGUCAGCGAGAUGGCCUCCAACAAGUUCAAGCGGAUGCUGAACCGGGAGCUGACGCACCUGUCGGAGAUGAGCCGCUCGGGGAACCAGGUGUCCGAGUACAUCGCCAGCACCUUCCUGGACAAGCAGCCCGAGGUGGAGAUCCCGAGCCCCCCCGAGCGGGAGAAGCGGCGGCCGCCCCCCGGCCCGGGGCUGAAAUCGCUGCCCCCGGACCCCGACCCCGACCCCGGCCCCGACCCCGACCCCGUGCCCCGAUUCGGCGUCGAGACCGACCGGGAGGAGCAGCUGGGAAAGGAGCUGGACAGCCUCAACAAGUGGGGGCUGAACAUUUUCCGCGUGUCCGAGUUCUCCAACAACCGCUCCCUCAGCUGCAUCAUGUUCACCAUCUUCCAGGAGCGGGAGCUGGUGCGGCGGUUCGGGAUCCCGGAGCGGGCGCUGCUGGGCUACGCGCGGGCGCUGGAGCAGCACUACCACGCCGACGUGGCGUACCACAACAGCCUGCACGCCGCCGACGUGCUGCAGUCCACGCACGUGCUGCUGGCAGCCCCCGCCCUCGACGCCGUGUUCACCGACCUGGAGGUGCUGGCCGCCCUCUUCGCCGCCGCCAUCCACGACGUCGAUCACCCCGGGGUGUCCAACCAGUUCCUCAUCAACACCAACUCGGAGCUGGCGCUGCUCUACAACGACGAGUCCGUGCUGGAGAACCAUCACCUGGCCGUGGGCUUCAAGCUGCUGCAGGAGCGGGACUGCGACAUCUUCCAGAACCUGUCCCGGAGACAGCGGCAGGCGCUGCGCCAGAUGGUCAUCGACAUGGUCCUGGCCACGGACAUGUCCAAGCACAUGACGCUCCUGGCUGACCUCAAGACCAUGGUGGAGACCAAGAAGGUGACGAGCUCGGGGGUCCUGCUGCUGGACAACUACACGGACCGCAUCCAGGUGCUGCGGAACAUGGUGCACUGCGCCGACCUGAGCAACCCCACCAAGCCGCUGGGGCUGUACCGGCAGUGGACGGAGCGGAUCAUGGAGGAGUUCUACCGGCAGGGAGACCGGGAGCGGGAGCGCGGCAUGGAGAUCAGCCCCAUGUGCGACAAGCACAGCGCCUCGGUGGAGAAAUCGCAGGUGGGGUUCAUCGAUUUCGUGGCGCAGCCGCUCUGGGAGGCCUGGGCCGAGCUGGUUCACCCCGACGCGCGCGAGAUGCUGCAGACGCUGCACGAGAACCGCGAGUGGUUCCAGCGCCGGGUCCCGCGCAGCCCCGAGCCGCCCCCGGAGCCGCCGCCCGCCGCCCCCAGGUUCCGCUUCGAGCCGCCCCCGGGCGAGGAGGAGGAGGAGGAGGAGGAGGAGGAGGGCCGGGGGGCGCCCCCCGAGCCCGGGGCGGAGUUGGGGGCCGACUGGAAUUACUUUAAUUGAUUUCCCUCCGGGCCUUGGUUUUUAUUGGGGUUAUUUUUAUCGGGGUUGUUAUUUUUAUUUGGAUUUUUUUUUUUUUUUUUAAGUUGAGAUUAUUGUUUUUAUUUGGAUAUUUUUGCGGGGAUUGUUAUUUUUAUUGGGAUGAUUUUUAUUUGGAAUUUUUUUAUUUUUAAAUUUGGAUUGCUAUUUUUAUUUGGAUUUUUAAAAUUGGGAUUAUUAUUUUUAUUGGCAUUAUUUUUAUUUGGGCUAUUUUUAUUUGGAUGAGUAUUAUUAUUGGAAUUAUUUUUUAUUUGCAUUAUUAUUUUUUAUUGCAUUAUUUUUAUUGGGGAUAUUAUUUUUAUUUGGGAUUUUAUUUUUAUUUGCCUUAUUUUUAUUUGCAUUAUUUUUAUUGGCAUUAUUUUUAUUGGCAUUAUUUUUAUUGGCAUUAUUAUUAUUGGCAUUAUUAUUAUUUGGAUUUUUAAAUUCGGAUUAUUAUUUCUAUUGGCAUUGUUUUUAUUGAGGCUGUUUUUAUUUGCAUUAUUCUCUUUAUGCCAUUAUUUUUACUGGCAUUAUUUUUAUUGGAAUUAUUUUUAUUUGCCUUAUUUUUUAUUAGAAUUAUUAUAUUUUUUCGGGAAGAUUUCAUUGCGGUUAUUUUAUUGAUUUUUUUUCCCACUGGAGUUUUUUUUAUCUGGGUUAAUUUUUUAUUUGAAUUAUUUUAAUGAGAAUUACUUUUACUGGAAUUCUUUUCAUCGGAAUUAUUUUCAUCAGAACUGCUUUACUGGAUUUUUUUUUUUUUAAGUUAUUUUCAGUAGAAUUGUUUUAAUGGACUUAUUUUUAUUGGGAUUGUUUUAUUGGAAUGGUUUUACCAGGAUAAUUUCAAUGGAAUUAUUUUCAUUGGAUUUUUUUUUUCUUUUUAAUCGGAAUAGUUUGAAUGGGAUUAUUUUAUCGGAAUAAUUUUUGCUGGAAUUCUUUUAAUGUUUUAUCGGAAUUAUUUUUACUAAAAUUAUCCUUUUUUGGAAUUAUUUUAUCAGAAUUAUUUUCAUCGGAAUUAUUUUUUAUUAUUAGAGUUAUUUUUACUGGAGGGAUUUUAUUUUGAUUCUUUUAUCAGAGUUAUUUUUAUCAGAAUUAUUUUUACCUGAAUUAUUUUUAUUAGAAUUAUUAUUUUACGGGGCGGGGGGAUUAUUUUUAUUAGGAUUAAUUUAUUGUGAUUAUUUUUAUUGGAUUUUUUAAAAUCUGAAUUAUUUUAUUGGGGGAUUAUUUUUUAUUGGGAUUAUUUUAUCGAAAUUAUUUAAAUUUGAUUCAUUUUGGGGUUUCUUUGGGAGGGGGGGGGUCAGGGGAGGGGAGUUUUUAUUCUAUUUUUAAAAAAACUCGAAAAGACACACAAAAAAAAAAGGAUGGAAAAUUGAAACCCCCCCCCCCAAGGAAGAAAACAGGGAAAAGGAACCCCACCAAAAAAUGAGGGACCCCCCCCAAAACCCGGGGAGAUCCCCUGGACAAAGGGGGUUCCCCCAAAAGCCAUUUAUGGGGGGGUCGGGUGAGGAACUGGGGGGGGGGGAAGCAGAGACCCCGAAUUCGGGGGUUUCCCCCCAAAAUCUUCCCCGUUUUGCACAGGGACCCCCGAGCCCCAAAUUGGGGGGGGGUCUCCCCGAGCCCCCCCGGAGGUGAAGCAAUAACCGGGUGCCCCCCCUCUUUUUUGGAGGGGGGUCUGGGAGGUUGGGGGGGUUAAAAAUUCCGAUUUUUGUUUUUUUUUGGGGGGUGGUCCCCGAUUCUGUAGCAUUGGGGGGGGGGUCA